AUGUCUUUGAUCAGCCAAGAAAUUGAAAAUGUACAAAAAUUGAACGAGGAAAUUGUUGCAGCUGUUGAAGAUGAAAACGAAAAAAAUAUGGAGAAUAAAUUUAGAGAGAAGCCGAGUUUGUUAUCAACAACAUUGAAUAAUUCACUGAUGUCGGAUGAAACUGUUUAUAAUGAACCAUCAACAUCUCAACAACAACAAAUUGAUCCAUUUGCACAAGCUAAAUCUAGUAGGUUUUUUUUAGAAGGGCGUCUAAAAAUAGGCCCUUUUUCAAUUGACAAAGCGUUUUUGGUUACUGUAUUCUCUGAGUCACAACAUGAUUCAUUUUAAUGAAAAACUUGGACAACUUGAGAAGACAAAAAUGGAUAAUUUUUAUCAUAAAUUCAUAAAUUUAAAAAAUCCGAGUCCCUAAACAAAGAAAUAUCACAGGAACCUUUUUUUUUAUAUUUUUUCCCGAUUGUCUUGUUUUUUUUUCAAAUUCCAUGUUUUCCAGACGCAAUUGCCGAUCCUUUCGCUCAAGUUGAUCCAUUCGCAAAUCAAGGUUCAUUUGCUGCCGCAUUUCCAUCAGAUCCAUUUGCUCAAGGUUUUCCAGCUGAUGCUGGUUUCGAAUCAACCAAUGCAAAUAUCAAUAAACCACCUCCACCAAGACCAGCACCACCAAAGUCAUCGAGAACAACACCUGUGAAUAACGAUCCAUUCGCGUAAGUUUUAUCAAUUUUUUAUCCCAAGAUUAUUUUUUGACUGGUUUCCCUUUUGGAAAACUAUAAAAAAACAAAUUUUUGCAGUCCUUCACAAGGAGCUGUUCAGCAAACUGCUAAUUUUGCCAAUUUCGCUGAUUUUGGUUCAGCUUUUAACUAA